CUGGGAGACGAGGAAAUGGAGGCGUACAUCCGCCGCUCACACGCCAAGAAGCUGGCGCAAGGCGUCUCGCAAGACGAGCUGGACAAGAUGCUGAAGUUCCCCGAGCCGGAGCCACCCUCCAAGGCUUAUUCGCCUCGGCAGGCUGAGGCUUUGUACGGGAAUCAGCUGAGUGAGUUUGAGGCCAAGGAGAUGUUCCAGUAUCAGGAGAUCUACUACGUCGGCAACCCUCGCUCCAAGAUCAUGGCCACGCCCGACAAAUCAUCGAGCAAUCACGGGUACGACGAUGAGCGCGGGGACUACAUUGUGGUGGACCGGGAUCACCUCGCCUAUCGCUACGAGAUCGUCGGCACCCUCGGUCGAGGCUCUUUUGGUCAAGUACUGCAAUGCAAGGACCACAAGACUGGUCGAAGCGUGGCCAUCAAGCUCAUUCGCAACAAGAAGCGUUUCCAUCACCAAGCCCUCGUGGAGGUCAAGAUCCUGCAGAACCUGGUGCAAUGGGACCCGGAUGAGCAGUACAAUGUCAUCAAGAUGACGGACUCCUUUUACUUCCGCAAUCACCUCUGCAUCUCCAUGGAGUUAUUGAGCAUCAAUCUGUACGAGCUGAUCAAGGCCAACAGCUUUGCUGGGUUCACGACUGGGUUGAUUCGCAGGUUCAGCAGUCAGGUGCUGCUCAGCUUGGUUCUGAUGAAGCAUCACCGCGUCGUGCACUGCGAUUUGAAGCCGGAGAACAUCUUGCUCAAGCAUCCUCGGAAGAGCGCGAUCAAGGUUAUCGAUUUCGGAUCGAGCUGCUUUGAGCACGAAAAAGUCUAUACCUACAUCCAGUCACGCUUCUACCGCAGUCCCGAGGUGAUCCUCGGCAUGAACUACCACACAGCGAUCGAUAUCUGGUCUCUCGGCUGCAUCCUCGCCGAGCUCUACACGGGCUACCCGCUUUUCCCUGGCGAAAACGAACAAGAACAGCUCUCCUGCAUCAUGGAAGUCCUCGGUGUACCCGACCGCUACCUCGUCGACCGCUCUUCCCGCAAGAAGCUGUUCUUCGACUCCACAGGCAGCCCGCGCCCGUACGUGAGCAACAAGGGCAAGCGGAGGAGAGCGGGAACCAGGACCCUAGGGCAGGCAUUGAAGUGUGGAGACGAGCUCUUCUUGGACUUCUUGGCUAGGUGUCUCGUGUGGGAUCCAGAGCGACGAAUCAAGCCGGAGGCAGCAUUGAGGCAUGCGUGGAUUCGCUCGGCUGCUGGAGGG